AUCGCCUUCAACUGAAACCAGUUGAGGAAGGGUAGAGAAGACAAGAUGGCGGAGUGAGUGGGUUGCGCUUUGUACAGACGGUUGCGGUUCUUAAAGUUAGCCGGAAAAACGGUUCAGAGACUGUAGAACUACCAUUGCCAUCAUCGGGAGCGUUGCUUUCAGCUCCUUGUGACAGAAACUUGGGACACUUUUCAGUGUUGCUGCUCGCCACAACGUUAGCUUGAUGCUAAACUUUGCUGUGCUGACGUUAGCUUCUUGUCAAAGGCCUUCAGCUUGUUGGGAUUUAGCUUUGGAUUUACUCCUUCUGUUUGGCACGACAUUUCUAGAGAAAUUAUAAGUUCUAGCUCAUGACAAAACCAAUAUCAUUGGUCGAGAUCCAUUGAAAAUAGUCUUUUUUGUAUUUGGGGGGGGGGAAUUGUUUGCGACAGGUUGUGCAGUGGUUUUACUAAUAACGCGACUUUAUGUUCUACCGAUAACCGAGCUUGACCAACAAACGCAAAGAUCCUAAAGCUUUUCUGUUGAUAAUUGUUCUUCGGUUGAUAUUAUGGCCAGCAGCAGUGGUUCCAAAGCCGAGUUCAUAGUCGGUGGAAAGUACAAGCUCGUCAGAAAAAUUGGAUCGGGAUCUUUCGGCGACAUUUAUUUGGCAAUCAACAUCACAAAUGGAGAGGAGGUAGCUGUAAAACUAGAAUCCCAAAAAGCCAGACAUCCACAGCUCCUGUACGAAAGCAAGCUGUACAAGAUCCUUCAAGGUGGAGUCGGGAUUCCACACAUCAGGUGGUAUGGCCAGGAAAAAGACUACAACGUCCUAGUCAUGGACUUGCUUGGACCCAGUUUGGAGGACCUAUUUAACUUCUGCUCUCGACGAUUUACCAUGAAAACUGUCCUCAUGCUGGCAGACCAAAUGAUCAGCAGAAUUGAGUAUGUACACACAAAGAACUUCAUCCAUAGAGACAUCAAACCGGACAACUUUCUCAUGGGUAUUGGCCGUCACUGUAACAAGUGUUUAGACUCGUCAGUGGGGAAGAGGAAAAGAAGCUUGGCUGUUAGCUCUUCUCAGGACCCAUCUUUCUCAGGAUUAAACCAGUUAUUCCUUAUUGAUUUUGGUUUGGCAAAGAAGUACAGAGACAAUCGAACACGACAACACAUCCCCUACAGAGAAGACAAGAACCUGACAGGGACUGCACGCUAUGCCUCCAUCAACGCACAUCUGGGCAUUGAACAGAGUCGCCGUGAUGACAUGGAGUCUCUAGGCUACGUGCUGAUGUACUUUAACAGAACCAGUCUGCCUUGGCAAGGAUUAAAGGCAGCCACAAAGAAGCAAAAGUAUGAGAAGAUCUCGGAAAAGAAAAUGUCUACUCCUGUUGAGGUUCUCUGCAAGGGUUUUCCAGCAGAGUUUGCCAUGUAUCUGAACUACUGCCGUGGGUUGCGCUUUGAAGAGGCACCAGACUACAUGUAUCUGCGCCAACUGUUUCGCAUUCUCUUCAGGACUCUGAAUCACCAGUAUGACUACACAUUUGACUGGACCAUGCUGAAACAGAAAGCAGCACAACAAGGGGCCUCUUCAGGGGGCCAGGGCCAGCAGGCACAAACCCCCACAGGCAAGCAAACUGACAAAUCCAAGCCUAACUUGAAAGGGUUCUAAGUCAUCCCCUCCCUAACCUGAUCUGCUGUUGGUUACCAGGACAACCUGAUCUCUCCUGGACAAACGACGGUCUUCUCUUCCAUCAUCAAUAUCUAUGUAAUGGAAUGUAUAGAUUUACACAAGGCUUUGUCAUUUGUGUUAUCUAUAUUUUCAUGUGUUUAAAUCAUAAAAUUCCAAUUGGGAAAUGUAUGGGGUUUUCUUUUUUUAAUUAUUUUAUAAGGGUAGUGAGGCUGUAGCUGCCUCUUCCCGUAUCAGAUACGUCUCUCCCCAUUUAUCAAUGUCUUUUAAUUGAUCUUUAUUCCUUUGGAGAUUGGGUGAGACAGUCAGCUGAUCUGGGUUUUGUUUUUGGUUUUUUGUCUGAGGUAACAAAUCCUCUCGUUUCUCACUACUUUAAUAAUUUCAAUCCCUCCUUUUACCGAAAAAAAUGGUAAAAUAUGUAAACCUGUUCUUUUUGUUUCUAAAUGAUUAAAUGACACAACCCUGGAUGUUGAGUUAAAAAGAACUUUUGGAUUUAUUUUUUUUUCCUAUGGUGAAUAGUUUGCUUGUUGAUAUAAGAAGCAAGGCAACAGUUGGUAGAAUACUUUUUCUCUCUCCCUUUCUCUAGAACUAUGAUUUAUUAAGUCUGUUGUUAAAUGGUCUUCAGAAAUGCCAAUAAAAACAUUGCUUAACUCUA